AUGCUUGGGAAUGACGGCGCCUCCUGGACCUACGACUUGAGGCGGACGAACUGGUCCAGUCACGACCCAUACUUUGCCUACACGUACUUUGAAAACUUCGGGGUUGAGGGCCGUUGGUGGCCAACAUGGGAGAUUACGUGUCAAAGCUGCGACGUAACUCCCGCAUACUAUACUCUGGGCCCUGAUAUAAUCAACAACACCUCAAGCUCGUCUAUCCUCUUCACUACCGAAAACUCUGCGCCAAAGGUGGACCUUGUUGCUGCCACAGCCAACAAGACCUGCCCCGAGGAACUGGGGCUUGCUAUCAAUGUUACUAAUAAUGUCCUGUCGGUCCCCACGCAUGUGAACUGGAGAGGUGGUGACAGUUGCGCAAUGGUCGCCUCGUCCACGCCGACGACAACCCCGGACCCUUGUCAGGUCAAAAAUGACUCGGUCAUUGCGGCAAGCAUGUCGGCCUCACUGAAAGCAACCUUAUGCAAGGGUUUACACCCGCCAGCCGACUGCCCCGAAGAGGAUGGGAGUGCCGCCCAGAAAUUGGUUGUUAUCGGCGUAUCCUGCUUGCUAGCUGCCAUCGAGGCGUUUGGUUUCCUCUUAAUGUGA